UCCCCGGCCGCGCCCAGUGUCAGUGACCAGUGCGUCCCCGCCCGCGCGUCCUGCGUUUCCAGGCUCCCGCCGGCGCCCGCCCGACCAGUGUGCGUGCCGUGUAAGUGUCCUCAGUGUUCUGUGUGUUGUGUUUUGUCCGUAGUAGUGUACUGUAGUGGCUGUAGUGUGUGUUGUGUAUGUCCCUCGGCACCGCCCCGCCCCCCUUCUCUGUGUGUGUGUGCACACGUGCAUGUAACCUCGCUGAGCGCUCUGCGCCGUGCCACGCCGCGCCGCGCUGUGCCGCGCCGACCGCGUGUGAAUGUUUUGGAGCGCCGCCCACCCCACCGCACCGGGUCGGUGUCUGCGCUAGAUGUAUGGUGCGGCUCGCCUUGCCGCGCAGCGAGGCUGCCCUCUGGUGCAAGUGCGCCGCGAGUGUUGAGUGAGUACCUCGCUUAACCCAGGGAAGUGCCGAACGCCCCGUUCCGGCCGGGAGCGGCGAAGAGCCAUCAGGCGUCUGCGCUCCGCCCACGAAGGGGAUCCUUAACGACUGUUGCACCGGCGACGCCCUAUCAAGAUACGAAUCGGUCUUAUCAGCGUCGGGGAGCGACGCCGCUUAUCUCAGCGCCGCCGCCGGCGUUCAGCGUCGUCAUUGCCUUGAAGCCUACGGCCUCCUCGCGCCCCCGCAUCCCAGGAUGCGCGUCCUCUAGAUCAGCGCUCGCGAGAUAUGUUCCGGGCAUCCAGCGCCAAUGGCUGUCUACGUCACGGACCUCAUCUCCCCGACGUCGCCGCAGAGCUUCAAGUGGCUGGACCCGAUGCAGCCCGAGCGGCCGUCGGCGCCGUCGUCGGCGGGCGCCGCCAGCUCCGUGAGCGGCGACGACGCCAGCUCGGGCGAGGCGCCGCCCAGCUGCCGCGCGCUCGACAAGCCGCGCCACCCCGACCGCUCGAGGGACCUCUUCGGCGUGCAGCUCGAGCAGCUCAAAAUCAAUACACCCCGGGGCGAAGACCCCUCGACGGCGAGUCGCUGGUGUACCGCGACGGCGGCAACCUGGUGGCCGGAUCCCUGGAGGCGCUGGUGCGCCACAUGGUACCGACGGCCGAGUACUACCCGGACCGCGCCUACCUCUUCGCCUUCCUGCUGAGCUCGCGCCUCUUCAUCAAGCCGCACGAGCUGUUGGGCGAGGUGUGCGCGGUGUGCGAGG